UCUAUAACUAUGUUCUUGACCAGAAGUGAGUACGACAGAGGGGUAUCGACCUUCUCUCCCGAAGGAAGAUUGUUCCAGGUGGAAUAUUCGCUCGAGGCCAUCAAGUUGGGCUCAACCGCCAUUGGAAUCGCCACCUCUGAAGGUGUGAUUUUGGGUGUCGAAAAAAGAGUAACUUCUCCGUUGUUGGAGCAUUCAUCAAUCGAAAAAAUCUUGGAGGUCGACAGACACAUAGGCUGUGCCAUGUCAGGAUUGACGGCUGAUGCCCGGUCUAUGAUAGAUCACGCCAGAGUCUCGUCGUUGACCCAUGACUUGUACUAUGAUGAAGAAAUUCAGGUGGAAAGCUUGACCCAGUCAGUGUGCGAUUUAGCAUUAAGAUUCGGUGAAGGUGCUGGCGGUGAAAAGAGGUUGAUGUCGAGACCGUUUGGAGUAGCUUUGUUGAUUGCCGGUAUUGAUAAGCAAAACGGGCCCCAAUUGUACCAUGCAGAACCUUCUGGGACCUUUUACCGGUAUGACGCUAAGGCCAUUGGAUCGGGCUCGGAAGGUGCUCAGGCUGAAUUGCAGAAUGAGUACCACAAGUCGUUGACGUUGAAAGAAGCCGAGUUGUUGGCGUUGAAGAUCUUGAAACAGGUGAUGGAAGAGAAGUUGGAUUGUAAGAAUGCUCAAUUGGCUAGUGUCACGGCUGAAAAGGGUUUCAGAAUCUAUAGUGACGAGGAAACUGACGAGAUUAUCAAGGCAUUGAACGAGCAGCAGGCCGAGACUGAAGAGGCCCAGGACUAGAGGUUUAUAGGUUAAGUAAGUUUUGUUAAGCUACUAAAGAUACAAUAUACACGAAAUGCC